GUUGUUCUUUGCACAGUUCAGCCUGAUGACUUCUCCCGCUGCUUAUGCCGUUGCUUACUCGGUUGUCCCAACCCCCCGGGGAAAAACACUCUUUGAUUUGUUUUGUUUUGUUUUGCCUUUUUUGCAUAGCGUGAUAAACCCGUAGCUUUGGGUGCGCCAUUCAAAAUACAAGAAAAAGGGGAGCAGCUCGACUGGGGCUAAGCGGAAGACCGUCGACGUGUGUUGUGUCUUCCCCGGCGAGGCGACUCCCCUUGCGGCGUAAGCGUAGAGGGUGUGCAAAAUUUACCCCCCCCUGAGUUCCAUCCAGUUUGUAACUUUGCUAGGCUAUCCCGUCAGUGGGAAGGAAAGGAACGAAUCGAUUCAGAGGAUAUAAAUUGCAUAGGGGUCACUUUCACCCAUCGCGCGCACCAUGGAAAAGACGACAAAGAGGUCGCGAGGGUCCCUAACAAUCCUACUGGACACUCGAUACAACAACAGACAGAAGGAAAAGGAAAUAAAAUUAUUUGAAAAUAUCAAAACGGACAUCAGCAUUAUUAUAAGCGAGCAACUGAAGAAGCGAUCGAAAACGGAAUUCGAAUUGAAUAAUGUAAAAAAAAAGUUUUCCUAUUUAAAAUGCAUGACGGAGGAGUUGGAGAGGUUAAUAAAGGAAGGGAACAGGGAGUUGAAAGUGGAAGAAGAGUUAAUAAAAAAUUAUUUUGAAUACACGACGACCAAUCUGAGUUAUGUUUUUAUCAAAUACGAAAAUAUUAUUAGCGAUCUGAGUGACCAAAAUGGAAAUAUGAAUGUGAAAUUGAAAAAUAUAAAAGAAAAUGAGUUGGCCAAUUUUGAUAGAGCAUACGAAUCGCUGUUGGAGAAGACUGGCCAACUUACCGCCACAAAGGAGAACAUCAUAAGUGUGCAAAAAGGAGUGGAAAAUUUGAAAAAAGAAUAUGAACAUGUUCAGGCAGAAAUAGAGAUAAAAAGGGAAGAAAAAAGUCAAGUGGAAAAUAAAUACAAGGAAUUACUCACCAGGAUAGAAGAAUAUAAAAAAGAAUUCGAUAUGAUAAAGGAAAAAUGUAACUCCCAAAUGAAUGAAAAGAAACAAAGUUCAAUCGAUUUAAACAAAAUUGAGGAGCAAAUGGAGGAAAUGCAAAAGGAAAUCUCAAGUCUGUCCACCGAAAGGAAGAUAAAAAAUGAUGAACUAGGGAGGUUAAAGGAUGAAAAUGACAUCAUAUUAAGUGACCUCUAUCGCUGUAAUGCCCAUAUCAAUGACAAAUGCGACUUGCUAUCUGCUCAAAUAGGCGAGUUACAAAAUGAAGUAACCUCCAUGGAGGAGGAAAAAAAUGAACUCUCCCGAAGUUACCAUCAGUUGGAGAUAGACCUGACUAGUGUGUCCCACUGUUGUGAGGAGAGCAAAAGGGAAAACGAACAGGAGUCCCUCCUCAUCAAAGAGUUAAGUGAUGAGCUAAUCAAGAAGAAAACCAAUUUGAAGCAGACACAGGAGCAGUAUUCACACAUAAGUGACCAAUGCAGUGCGGUCAAAAAUGAAAAUGCAAAGCUACGGGAUAGUUACAAUAAUCUCCACAGAAGGAUGGAGGCGGUAGGCACAUCCAUCAGUGAAUGCCGCGCUUCCCUGCAGGGACACGAAGCCGAAUUGGCACACUUAGAGAAUGUCAAGUUAGAAAAUGAAAAGAAGAAGGAAGAAAUGCUGAAGCUUAUGGAAAACUCAGAAAAGCUACUCCUCGAGCAAAAAGAUUUCUUUUUCAAAUUGUCAAAACUUGUGCAGCUAGUAAAUUUGUCCAACGAACAGCUAGCCAAUUUAAAACGAGAGACGGAGGAGGGGCCAGACGAAAAUGAUGUGCAGAGGAUACACGAAGAAUUAAAAACCCACUUAGAGAAGCUGUCCGCUGAUAUGUGCCAAAAAAAUGAAAUGCACAACUCGCUCCAAAACGAGAUAGACGAAACUGCUAAGAGGGUUAGCCAACGGGAGGAAGAAAUUGCAACCCUGGGAAAUGAGCAGGCUGAUUUGCAGCAUCGAUUAGAGAUGGUCGACCAAGAAUUAGGCGCUCUUCAUUUAGAAGUGGCCAAACAGGGAAGCUCCUGGGAGGCUAAAAUAAAAGAGACGAAGGAUGCCCUCACACACAAGUAUGACCAGUUGGAAGAAUCGAUCGCUUCUCAGAUUAAGAGCAAGCAGGAUGAACAUAACAAUUUUGUCAAGCAGGGAGAAUUGGAAAAACUCGAAUUCGACUUUCAGUUGUUUCGCUCCGAGCUGACGGCCACCCUCGAGCAGGAGUGCGAACGGAAGAGGCAGCAGAUCGCCGAGAAGGACGCGCAGCUAAAGGCAUACCAGGAGAGGUACACCUUGUUGAAGGGGAUCUGAUGUGCUGCGCCGACCGUUGGGCAGUUCGUUUCUGCGGGGCGUUGCCUUCCUUUUCCCGGUUACUCGAUCACUUUACUGGCCAAUUUUGCUCGCCCAUUUUGCUCGCCCAUUUGUGCCGCUUUCCCCCGUGGGCUUCACUUACCCCUCAUCUUUGUUCCCCCCUUGCGUUGUUGACUUGUCCGUCUAAGUUUCCGCGGCGAAUUUUUUUUUUUUUUUUGUGCACAUCGUCGGGGGGUUACCUACGGAUGAUGUUGUGCUUAUCUCGCUUCUCCCCCGGGCCUCGUCUUCACUUGUUAACCGUUUGUGUGCACUGCUCAUUGUUACGCGUUGCAGCACAGGGGUGCGGCCUCCCCCCACGAGCGGACCACUGCGUAUCCUCAUUAUCGAACGCAUUGACGUGAAGGAGAGCUCAACUGAGUCC